AUGGACCCAUCAACUCCAUACUGCCGCGAGCUGGCCUCGCCCAAUGUCUUUCAAACUGUUCUAUCAGUCUUAAUCGUCUUUGGUAUCCUCCUUUCAUAUCUCCCUCAACACAUCCGCAUCAUCGCCCGCCGAAGCUCCUUUGGAAUAUCGCCCUAUUUCGUGCUACUAGGGGUAACAUCAGGAACCUCAGCCUUUGCCAACAUCCUAGUCUUCCCCUCCACCGCUCAAGAUGUUGCAUGUUGCCAGGAGGUCAGCGGCAUGGCAUGUCUUGCAGGACUGCUCGGCGUCUUCCAGGUGGGCACGCAGUGGCUCUGUUUCUUCUCGAUCCUGCUCCUAUUCGUGAUCUAUUUCCCACGAGCAACAUCCCCAACAGACCCAGUAAGCGCCGUUUCCUCCACAACCAACGGACCGACCUACCGUACCGCACUCGUCGUAACAGGACUGUGCCUCCUCCACGCACUCGCAACAACGAUAAUCUCUUUCGCUUUCAAGAUUCGCCAACCAGCCGCUAUGCCGGCUUGGGCGAACUUCCUAGGUGUCUUGUCUGCUGUGCUCGCAUCCAUACAGUACUUCCCGCAGAUCUACACUACGUUCCGACUGCGCUGUGUGGGGAGCCUGAGUAUCCCCAUGAUGUGCAUCCAGACGCCUGGGAGUCUAGUCUGGGCCGGUAGCUUAGCUGCGCGCAAGGGAUGGGCUGGCUGGAGUAUAUGGGGGGUAUUGGUUGUCACGGCUUGCUUGCAGGGUACUUUGCUAGUCAUGGCGAUCUACUUCGAGUACUUUGGAUCCGAUAACAAAGGAGAGCUUGGGCGCCAUGCUGAUUCUAAUGGAGCUUCGCAUGAGGCUGACCGUGCCGAUGAGCGAGCCGAAAAUGAGCCUUUCGAACGCCCAUCUGAGGAAACGCCAUUGCUUCAGAGCCAGUGA